GCGCACAGUCUCAUUGUAUUACAACAAUUGUAGCACAUACAGUUCAAAGACCGACAAACUUGUUUAAUAAUAAAAAGAAACAUCAGCAUGUACUCAACUAAAAGCGAGGGACCGCGCAGAGGAAGAUCUUUUGACUCCAUGAACCUUGGUCUGACGCUGGAAGAGAAGCAACUUAACAAUGAGAUGAACAAAUCAGCUUUUCCAAAGAUCGAGGAGAACAAAGACAACAAAACCGCCUCCACGGAGAGAGGCCGGGCUGCUGUUGUGUUCUCUUUGAAGAAUGAAGUCGGUGGGCUUGUCAAGGCGCUAAAACUUUUCCAGGAAAACCACGUCAACCUCGUGCACAUCGAGUCCAGAAAAUCCAAACGGCGCAACUCAGAGUUCGAGAUCUUCGUGGACUGCGACAGCAACCGCGAGCAGCUGCACGAGAUCAUUCAGCUACUAAGGAAACACGUGAACGUGCUCGAGAUGGAUGCGCCUGACAAUCGUCUGCCUGAAGAAAGCGAGAUGGAGAACGUGCCAUGGUUCCCGAAAAAGAUUUCAGAUUUGGAUAAAUGUGCAAAUCGUGUGCUGAUGUAUGGAUCAGACCUGGAUGCGGAUCAUCCAGGAUUCAAGGACAACGUCUAUCGCAAAAGGAGAAAGUAUUUUGCAGACUUGGCUAUGAACUACAAACAUGGAGAUCCCAUUCCCCGUAUUGAGUUCACAGAGGAAGAGGUGAAAACUUGGGGAGUGGUGUUUAGGGAGCUGAAUAAACUGUACCCCUCACACGCCUGCCGCGAGUACCUGAAGAACCUGCCCUUGCUCAUUAAACACUGUGACGUCCGAGAGGACAACAUGCCACAGCUGGAGGACGUCUCACGCUUCCUCAAAGAGCGCACCGGCUUCACUAUUAGGCCUGUGGCUGGGUAUCUCUCCCCAAGAGACUUCCUGGCAGGUCUGGCCUUCCGUGUGUUUCACUGCACUCAGUACGUCCGACACAGCUCAGACCCCCUCUACACACCUGAGCCAGACACAUGUCACGAGCUGCUUGGACACGUCCCUCUUUUGGCCGAGCCCAGCUUUGCUCAGUUCAGUCAGGAGAUUGGUCUGGCAUCACUGGGAGCAUCAGACGACUCUGUACAGAAACUCGCCACGUGUUAUUUCUUCACUGUGGAGUUUGGCCUCUGUAAGCAAGAAGGGAAACUGAGAGCUUACGGGGCCGGUCUGCUAUCCUCCAUCAGCGAGCUGAAGCAUGCACUCUCUGGAAAUGCCAGAAUCUUGCCCUUUGACCCCAAUGUGACAAGCAAACAGGAAUGCAUCAUCACCACCUUUCAGGAUGUCUACUUUGUUUCGGACACCUUUGAGGAAGCAAAAGUCAAAAUGAGGGAGUUUGCAAAAACCAUCAAGCGGCCAUUCUCCGUGCGGUACAACCCGUACACACAGAGCGUAGAUGUUCUGAAGGACACGACCAGCAUCAACAACGUGGUGGAAGAACUAAGACAUGAGUUGGACAUCAUUGGAGACGCACUAAGCAGGCUAAACAAACAGUUGGGAGUCUGAAAAACUAAACAUUUCCUAGCAAACCGUCAGUUACUUCAUGUACCAAUUCAUUUGUUUUGUCACAGUUUUUACUUUACUCUCCAAAUCAUGCAUGGCAUCAAUAUGUCAUGCUGUUAUGUACCCACCAAAUGAAGUCAAAUCUGUGUCUGUUUAUAAAAUUAGUUUGACUUUUAAAUGCGUGGUUCUACAAAAGCUGUGCUACAUGCUUGCAAGUGGAGUUCUUGUAUUUUAUAUGAGAUUUCUACUUGAUAAGGAGGUAUUUAUGCAAGGUGACCACAAAGGUUUCGGUUAGUCUGUUGUGCAAAAAUGAUGUCUGCUAAUAUAAUGGUGGUUUCAGUUUGCAUGUACGUAAUUUGUUUCAAAUUGGCACCUUAUGUUUAUUUAUUCAGAGAUGCUGUCUAAGCAGAUAUUUUAGUAUACAAACAGAAAGUUUUGUAUGGUUGUGAGUCUAUGAAAUAUUUAGUAUACACAGUGUAUGCUACGUGUUAUUGUUUCUUUAUUUUAAAUGGAUGUCGACAUGGAGUAGAACCUGGAAUAAUCUGUAUUUAUUAAAAUGCAUGUAAAUAUUGCAUUGGACAUGAAAGAAUAUUUUUACAAAUUAACUUAUUAAAUGCUUAGCGUCUCUAUAUGUAAUACGUUUAAAACUAUGAACGAAGUAUGCCUAUCAGUUCAAGUUUAAGCUUUAGAGAAAUGUUUUGCUAGAGAAUGUAUUAAAAAUUCAUAUGCUUAUAAUAAAAUAAAUAUUUGUUUUUCUACUGUAAAUGCCCUCUACUGUUAUACAGUUUCGUCUUUUCUUCUUUCCAGUUUUACGCUCUAUUUUUGUACUUAAUUUCCUGGUUUUUGAACACUGUCGUCCUUUCUGAUUCUUGUUUGUGAGUUGUAUUUUA